GAGGUUCCCAGGCUUCGUGGGAAAGCUCCAGCGGCAGAGGAGGAGGAGAAGGAGGACUCACCGGUCACCAGUCCAGUCUGCAGCCGACACACAGGCCACCUGUCCCGGACUAUUUACCGGACACGCACCGCUGAGAAAAACCGGAAACCUUUUAAAACACUUAAUGCGUGACUGAUAUUUGGAGAAGGAUCCUUAACUUCACGGAAGAGGAGAAACUUUUUUCAGGAACCUGAACCUGUGCCAGCUUUUGGAUUAAAAACUAAUAACCGAUUAUUUGUAUCCAUAGGGACCCAGAGGCUCCUCAUAUUUAAUUUUACAGACUCAUUCUGUGCUGGCCUUUAGCGCACCAGUCACCAUCAACACUCACAGGAAUCAAAGAAAGCUCGUGGACGCUGUUCCCGUCCCGUGGACCUGCAGACCUCCGCGUCUCCUCCCGGGACAGACGCGCAGACUUCCCCGCCGCUCGCGCGCCAUGAAGCGUCCGUGCGAGGACAGCAGCUCGGCGGAGAGCGAACUGGAGGAGACCAUUGAUGUGGGCAGUGAGGACGUUUGUCCCGGGCACAUGAAGGAGUCCUUCGUUAGGUGUGGAUCUCCAACCACGACGACUCAAGUGAUGGCGAGGAAAAAACGCAGAGGGAUUAUCGAGAAGAGACGCAGAGACCGAAUCAACAACAGCCUGUCAGAGUUACGGAGACUCGUCCCAACAGCGUUUGAGAAGCAGAGUUCAGCUAAACUGGAGAAGGCAGAAAUCCUCCAGAUGACUGUGGAUCAUCUGAAGAUGAUGCAGGCAACAGGAGGCAAAGGUUAUUUCGAUGCCCACGCUCUCGCCCUGGACUUCCUGUCUCUGGGGUUCAGGGAGUGCGUCGCGGAGGCUUCCCGUUACCUGAGUGCCGUGGAGGGCCUAGACUCCGGCGACCCACUGCGCUCCCGUCUUCUGUCCCACCUCGCCUCCUGUGCCUCCCAGCGUGAUGCCGCCGCCCUGACAGCUGCUUCCCAUUCGCCACAUCACCACCACCACCCCCACCAGCAGCAGCCCCAUCCCCUGCCUCACCCCUUCCACCCCCACCACUGGGCUGCUGCUGUGGCUGCCUUUCGUCCUCUGCCGUACGGACUUAGCGGGCUGGUUUCUCCGGACGCUGGAGGAGGUGGAGCCGGCCAGCGCGGUGUGGUCUCCUCCUCCUUUUCCUCCCACGCAGACUCCACCUCCUCCUCACCUUCUUCCUCCUCUUCUUCAUCCCUCUUGCUCCCCUGCGCCCCUGCUCCUCUCUCUGCCUCCCUCCUUUCCUUCUCAGCAUCAUUUCCCGUCGCCCUCCAUGGAGGCGUUCCAGUCCUCCCUCCCUCCUCCUUCGCCUCCUCUGCUGCCAGUCCUCCCGUCUCCUCCUCUUCCUCGCAGACUCCUCACAGCAGCAGCGGUAAACCCUACAGGCCGUGGGGAACUGAGGUCGGAGCUUUCUGACAGUUUCACAGCCUGGAAACACUCCAGCUCCAGUUCAAACAGCUGGUUUUAUUAAACUCGUUUUAUUAACGUCUUUGGGAUGUUUCGACUUCCAGCUGCUGCUUUGACUGGUUCUGCAGAAAUGUGUCCUCUAAACAUAUUUUCAUGUUUCACGUUUAUUCCACAUCUAAUAUUGUUGAACCUUGAUGAGUCAGCUCAGUGUUACCAACUUAGCUCCACCCCACAAACACAAUCCUACUUGGCCAAACGCUCACUAACACACCAGAUCAAUCCGCCACUGAAAAUAGUUCCCAGCAAAUGUUCAGUUUCUUGUUUGUUCAAACAGGAUCUGCCUCAGAACAAUAAUCAGCUUUGUAAAAAUAAAACUUUCAUUUUGUACCAACUCAUCCCAGGAUGCUUCACGCUGCAGUUUUUCAGGUGCCGUCUGCGUCUCACCUCUAUCUGUUUCUCACCUUGUUGCACCUGCUGCAGCAGUACCGGCUGUUUCAGGCUGUCUCAGAGACCCGCGGUCCACAUCAGGAACCUGCAGGGAUGGAGGUGGUCUCAGGUUUAGCCUGUGGUGUGUGUGGUGUGUGUCUCCUUUGUGUUUUUCUGGUGUUUCACUCACGUUUUGCUUCUGUUUUCUCUCACUGGUUCGGUUUAAGAAAGGACUGAGGUUUGGGUUCAGAUACGGUGCUUCAUGAUGAAAAAUGGCUGUCGCUGUGCCAGCACCACUGUAGGCACAGCUUUGGCAAAACAGCAUCAUUACCCACCCCUCAAACUCAGGUGUCCCGGCUGGAUCGGACACCUGAGUUUGAAUCUCACCUGGGACACAUUUGUUCUCGGCAGUUGUUUGAUUAGUGAUUAAAAUCAUUGUAUUGGUUCAACAAAAGCUUUACAACAUUGACUCAUAGACGCAGCUGUGAUGAUGGAUGUGAUUUGGCACUGAGACGAGGAUGGGAGCGGAGUGAUGAAGAAAAUCUCGACUAACACGAGCAUCCUUUCAAACUAACCCCACAAAAACCUGAUGAACCCGGCUCACACAAAGGGACUUUUGUCAUAUUUCCCAAACAGACUUCAGAAAGUGGAAUAUUAAACACAUAAUAUUAUUUGAUUAUGUUAAAGCUUUUUAAAUGUCUGUGGUAAACUGUCACUGAGCUUUGAACCAAAUAUCUCUGAUGCCUGCGUGCCUUCGUACAA